AUGGCCUCCUACUCCAAACCCCACUCGUGCUCCAACUCCAACUCACCCUCCAAAUCCUACUCCUACACCAUUCGAUACUUUGAUUUCAUCCUGAACCCUGAGCAGGGCCUCGACGAUGUAGGAGCGGCGGUACGGAGGGGCCAAACAAGAGACGAGGGUGAGGUUACUGAGCAGGUGGUUAGUGAGUCGCUUCCCCAGCCUGAAGGGUUGGAGCCGUCGGCUGGUGAUGUCGAGCAGAGUUGUAACAACCACGAUGGUGUUGAUACGAAACACCACGAUACCCCCUUAUCCGGCUACGACCCUUUCGAGGAUGACAACCCCCUCAGAGAGAAGUAUAUGCAGGACAAAUUCUCCGAUGCUGUCACAGAGCCUGAAUUCAACACCAGGUCUGUAACAUCACAAGUCAGGGAUUCUCAACUUACCCCUGAGCAAAUUGACCAAUUGCUCAAGCUGUGGGAAACUCCAGAACUCAUCGAAGAACAUCACAGAAGCAGGUUGAUCCGAGAUCUGGAACGGGAGGAUAGGGUUGCUGAAGAGGUCUCCAAGGAAGAAAAGGAGGCAUACAUAUACAAGCGAUUGGAUGGAAUUCCUGACGAGUCAAGGGGGUUGGAGUGGAGUUGUGGAAAUGCAGUGUAG